UUUUUCAAAAUAUUUUGCGACCCAGAUGUUUGUGGUCUGACCGAACACUUUCUGGGACAAAACUUCUAGUGUUAGAAAGUGAGAGAGUCAGGAAGAUACUGAUCAGAGGAACAAAUAACUAUUACAAAUAUAUACAUUCAUUUUCCUAAUGUUGACAGUUGCUAAAUGCAUAUUUUUCUCAAUUAUUCCGUGAUUUCUAACAUAGUAAGGAUCCAGGAUCAGGGCAGGCAGGGGACCUGGACGUGCAGCCAAGCCCACCAAGGAUGCACUGAGCUGGGGAACAUCUGCUGAGGCCUCCCCCUAGCACUGCCAUGGCAUCUGAACCUUCACCUCCAAACACCGCCCCUCUGGGCUCCCAGGUCCACGCAGCCGCCGUCAACGGAGACCGGAGCGUACUCCUCAGACUCAUCACAGUGGAUCCCUCCCUGCGUGACCGUGAGGACCAGUUUGGCCGUACCCCACUGAUGUACUGUGUCCUGGCUGACCGUCUGGACUGUGCUGAGACACUGCUGAAGGCGGGAGCCUCUGUUAACAAGACUGACCAUAGCCAACGUACUGCCCUGCACCUGGCAGCACAAAAGGGGAACGUGCGGUUUCUGAAGCUGCUCCUGUCUCGUCGUGCUGAUUGGCUGCAGAAGGAUCUAGAGGAGGUAACACCCCUCCACUUGGCGACCCGUCACCCCUCCCCCAAACCCCUGGCCUUGCUGCUCAAACACAUAGGACCUGGAGAGGUGGAUACACAGGACAAGAAUAAGCAGACUACGCUCCACUGGUCAGCAUUCUAUAACAGACCAGAGCACGUCAGACUGCUCAUCAAACACGACUCCAACAUUGGCAUCCCAGACAGUGAGGGCAAGAUCCCCCUACACUGGGCUGCACACAGCCAGGAGCACACCGCUAUACACACCGUCCGCUGUAUACUGGAGGCGGCUCCUACCGAGUCUCUGUUGAACUGGCAGGACUAUGAGGGGCGCACGCCUUUGCACUUUGCUGUUGCCGAUGGCAAUGAGGCCGUGGUGGAGGUGCUGACAUCGUAUGAAGGCUGCAGCGUCACGGCGUACGACAACCUGUUCAGAACCCCGCUGCACUGGGCUGCACUGCUGGGACAUGCCAAGAUAGUGCACUUGUUGUUGGAGAGGAACACAUCAGGCACCAUCCCCUCAGACAGCCAUGGGGCCACACCUCUACACUAUGGAGCUCAGAGCAACUACGCUGAGACGGUGGGUGUGUUUCUGUCCCACCCCUCUGUGAAAGACGAGCCAGAUCUGGAGGGCCGCACAGCGUUCAUGUGGGCUGCUGGGAAAGGAAGCGAUGAUGUCAUACGCACCAUGCUGACACUCACGCCUCACAUCGACAUCAACAUGGCCGACAAGUACGGAGGCACUGCGCUGCAUGCGGCCUCUCUGUCAGGUCAUGUGAGUACAGUGAGGUUGCUGUUGGAGAGAGGAGCCAUAGUGGACAGUCUAGACGUGAUGAAACACACGCCUCUGUUCAGAGCCUGUGAGAUGGGACACCGCCACAUCAUCCUCACACUUAUCAAAGGCUCUGCUCAUGUCCACCUGGUGGAUCUAGAUGGACACACUGCUCUGCACUGGGCGGCUCUGGGGGGGAACACUGAAGUCUGCCAGUUGCUGAUGGAGAAUGGGAUCAGUCCUAACGUCCAGGACCAGGCAGGCAGGACUCCUCUCCAGUGUGCUGCUUAUGGAGGGUACAUCACCUGUAUGGCUGUACUACUCAUGGAGAACAACGCCGACCCUAAUAUACAGGACAAAGAGGGCAGGACAGCUCUCCACUGGUCGUGUAACAAUGGCUAUCUGGAUGCUGUGAAGCUGCUGCUGAACUCUAAUGCCUUCCCCAACCACAUGGAACACAACGAGGAGAGGUACACCCCCCUGGACUACACCCUCCUAGGGGAACACAGUGAGGUGACUCAGUACAUGUUGGAGCAUGGAGCUCUGUCUAUAGCGGCCAUCCAGGACAUCGCUGCUGCUUCCAUCCAGGCCCUGUAUAAAGGAUACACCGUCCGCAAGGCCUUCACCGAAAGGAAACAACUACUGAUGAGACACGAACAGCUACGCAAGGACGCAGCCAAGAAACGCGAGGAGGAGCAGCGGAGGCGGGAGGCGGAGCAUCAAAUCUCAUUGGCUAGAACAGAGAAACAGAGGAUGUUAUUGGCCCGCGCUGAGCAGGAGCAUCUGUCAUUGGCUGAGACUAUGAAGGAACUGUCAGUGUAUGAGAGAGAGGCAGGGGGCGGGGCUAAUACAGCCAAAGCAGAACAGACCAAUAGCAAAGAGGAGACACGGAAACAUAGAGGUACGGACAUACACACACACAGGAGGCUGCUGAGGGGAGGACGACUCAUAAUAAUGGCUGAAAUGGAGUGAAUGGAAUGUUAUCAAACAUGUGUUUGAUGAGUUUGAUUCCAUUCCAUUUAUUCUGUUCCAGAUAUUACUAUGAGCCCCAAUUAAGGUGACGCCAAACUAGUUUUCAUUGGGAAGGCAGAUAAAGCCUUUUUGAUCAAAAGCAUUCACUUUUGCAUGUGACUCAUUACUGUUCCGUUUGAGAAGGCGCUCCUGCCUCACUGCUUUUGCUCGUUCUCGUCACGGGUCAUAGACCGGUGCCCUGCGGCUCAGCUUGAUCAGAUCCGCUCAAUGACAAACACGUAAAAUUAUGAACGCCAUCUUCAUUAUCUCCUACCAUAUUUCACAAGUUGACUGCAGAUAUUUACUUAAAAAGUAGCUAGAAAUAUUCAAAUGUAUUAAAAAAAGAAGUAGUUUAAACAGUAUUGACGGUAUUGAAAAACCAUCCCGUGGCUUUUUCCAAAAUCCUGGACUACGGUAUAUAUACGGUAAACCACCCAAACCUAACACACAUAUACACACACACAUAUACACACACACAUAUUCACCCACUCUCUCAGUCUCUUACUUCCCUCUCUUUCUCAGCACAUAGAAGCAGACCCUCCAGGAGAGGAAAGGACCUGACCCCGUGGUGACCCCUCACCCCUCAGUGACCUCUGACCCCAUGCUCCCUGCCCAGGGGUCUAGGGUCAGGGAGCGUCUCUCUCCUGCAGGCUGCAGCCGACCCCCAGCCCAAAACACAGACCCCCACCACACCCAGGACCAAGAGACUCACCUCUGCAAACACACACACUCCUUCCAACACACACACUCCUUCCAAAACACACACUACCUCCAACACACACACUCCUUCCAACACACAAACUCCCUCUAACACACAUACUCCUUCCAAAACACACACUACUUCCAACACACACACUCCUUCCAACACACACACUUCUUCCCACACACACACUCUAUCCAACACAGACACGUCUACUCACCCCACCAUGGAUCAAGAAGCCCCCAGCACCAGGGAACGCACCCCUAGAAGCAAGAGAGACACACACGCCAACACACACAACCCCAGACACAGAACACGCCCUGCCACAGACCAUACCACCUCCUCCAGCAAGAACCACACUAAAGCCUCCACACAGUCACGCCGCCCCAGCAGCAAGCCCAGGGAGGGGGACAGAGACCAGGCUGCCUGCACUAUCCAACGAGCCUGGAGGAGGUUCCAUGUGCGAUGCAGAUUGAGGGAGGCUUUUGGUGCUGGGAAAAGAGUGGAGCCACCUGAGGUCGCCUCCCUCCUGAUCCAGCUGUUCUGGGAUAGGCCGGCUUUCCCUGGUCACACCCCUAUUAGGACCAAGCCUGAGGCCAGAGUUCCACCCACCAAGACAGCAGCCAAGAGCUCUGUGCUGCAAAGCAUCUAUGGAGGUUCUGUGGCCCGAAGGGGGCGCUCUCUCUGGGGUUCUCAGUCUCAGAUACUACUGGACCUGUCACUACGCACACACAGCCAAUUGAGCAGUGUGGAGUGUGUGCACCUGUGUGAUGCAGUGGGGCAGGCCAGGCAGUACUCCUACCACCUCAGACCCCACAGCGCUGGACAGGGCCGGGGGAAACACUGACGACUACACACACACCCUGCAUGUGUACUUCGUGGCUCAGUUGGUAGAGCAUGGCGCUUCUAAUGCUAGAGUACUGGGUUUGAUUCCCAGGACCAGCCAUAUGUAAAAUGUAUGUACGUGUGACUGAGUUGCUUUGGAUAUAAGCAUCUGCUAAAUGGCACAUAUAUGUGUGUGUUGUCUUGAAAUGAUUUACCCAACUACCUUAUCAUGGUGGAGUUAUUGGCCAGAUUGUAAACAGAGCAUCUAUAUACUGACGAGGGGGGGCCCCAAUGGUCUAACUAUAUGAAUAUGUAUCUGCAGAGGUGGGAACUCUUGAGGGCAGGUUUGCAUGUGAACAAUGCUGAUAUAACUGACUUCUCAGAGAUGCCACAGUUGUAAUAACCUAAAUAUUACAAAAUGUAUAUAAUUAUUUUUGAGCGUCAAAUUCAUCACCAUAUAAAAAAUCCCCAAUUGGUCUAUGUCAUGUUGUAUUUUCAGGCAGAGUAAUCCCUCUGGCAUAGCCUCUUCCUCUCAGAUUGUACUCUCUGUGCCCAGUAUUAACCAUGGAGUUCUUGGCCUGAUUGUUUAUACUACUGGACACAGGAAGAGAGGACAAAUUUAUGAGACCUCACAGGGCGGAGUUAAGUCAACCAACAUGGUAUGUGUGCAAGAUAAUUUCAACCAUACAGAAAAUGCACACACACACAGAGAUAACCUUUCCUCCCAUGUGGAGAAUGAGGCAGUCUGUCAACAGCCGGUCAUACAGCCAGCCCACCUGCAGACGCUGACACACACGCCUGCUUGCAGACACACACGCUUCCCGUCAGCCAUAACACUUGUACUAGGUUGUAGUCAACUCUACCUCAGUAUCUACCUGAGCAGGUUCCCACAGGCAUGCAUGCCCCUCCCACUUUCCCCCCGCAGCUAUAAUAGUAGGUACACAGAUCACAAGGUCAUUUAGGUCCAGAGGGUACACGUGUACCUGUGCUUUCUCUGUAGGACUCUGUGGAGGGGGGUAUAUUUAUGCAUUUUAUACAUACUCCGUUACUCUUUAAUUCUACAUCACUUCCUGCCUUAAAGAGAUAGUUGACUUAAAGUUAGCCAGAUGUUUGUGGCACCUCAUCAAGAUGAACUGUCACUUAAGAUUGACACUGAAACACAGUUUCUAUGCUGUUCACUCUGAUGCACUACUGUUGAAACACUAUCAGAUGUUAAGGCUUUACAUUUAUGAAUGAAUACCAACCUCAAUGUUAAUGUCCAUGUUGUUUUUCUACUCUUUUAGAAAACUUCUCAAAUAAAUACAUUGAGUUUCAGUGA